GUUGAAUAAUAUGACCCGUAAUACAAUAAAAAUUUGUCUUGAAGCUGGGUACAUAAACCAUUUCUUAGCAAAUAAAUUUCAUUUUCUAUACUAGUAAUCUACAUUUGUAUAUUAAAUUUGUUUUUUUUCCUCGGUUGUUAAUUGACUCCUUUUUAUAUCUACUGCAAUUCGUUUUUUGUGUUUAUUUUAUGCCAAAAUUCUUAUUUGUUUUUCUUUGUAGAUUGAAUAAUGUUGACUUCUAACUGAUUUCCCAUUGGUGUACUGUCUAAAGAAGGAUUUCAAAAUGCAAAGAUAUUUUAGAUUAGAAACAUAUAUAGGAAAGUUGUUAAUGAGUUACCUUAACAAGUAUGUUAAAUUGCAUGAUGACCAGUUUUCAAUGUCUAUAUGGGAUGGUGAUCUUAUACUCACCCAGCUUGAUUUACGAUUGGAUUUUUUAGAAGAUAUUAUUCCAUUUCCAGUGAAUUUCCGAUCAGGUUGUGUUCAUGAGUUACGAAUUCAUGUACCAUGGACUAAAUUGAAUUCUGAGUGUAUUGUUAUUACUUUAAACACUGUGGAAUGUACAUUUGGCCUAAAGAAACCCAAUCUCAACAAAGGGAAUCGAAAUGAGCAAAAUCCAACUGAUUUCGUAGAUCUGUGUGCGUGUAAAAAUCAAUCUAUGCCUACGAAUGUUCCACCUGGGUACUUGGAAGUUUACAUCUAUCGUUUACUUUCUAAUAUUCAUUUUGUUGUGCAUAAUUUGAACUUGAAGUUUAUCGAAGAAGAUUUGGCAUUAUCUUUAAGCUUAAACAAAGCCGAUUGUUUUGUUACUGAUUUCAAUGGCAAUCCUAUCUUCUCUGAUAUCAACCCUCGUUCUACUAAUGUAAUAAAUCGUUUAGUUCAAUUUUUCGAUCUUACUGUAUGUCUUGAUCGUGCUGGACGUAAUGGUUAUGUGGAAGUUUAUGAAGAUCCAAUCGCUUAUAGAUUUAGCAUGUCAUGUUUCAUCCAAAUAGUUUGUACACCUAAUGCUAGUUCAUCAGCAGUUCAUCAAACUCUUCUCACAAAUCUAAAAAUACAUUGUGAAACAUUUUCUGCACAUAUAAGUCCAGUUCAAAUUCCUUUGUUAUGUCGUCUUAUAGAAGUAAUUUCGUGUAUUAGUACAGAAACGUUUGACUGGUCUAUCGUAGACUGUUCAGAUAACGACACACAAAGUGAAGUAGUUGUUGAAGAAAGUUUUAAUAUGCAAGCUGGGGAAUCGAAGGACAAAUCAAACAGUACAGAUGUAGAGAGGCAGUCUUGGGCUUCUUGGGUUUGGUCAUUUGUACCCAGCAUUAUUCCAGUUACGGAAGAUUCGGAUGAGUCAGAUGGUGAAUACGCAGAUAGUAACUUAAAAGAACAGUAUUCAGAUACUGACUGUGUAAAAGAACUAAUACAAUGCAUCUUAGAAGAUGCAUCUGAACAUGAGGUUGUCUCAUCUUUGCCAACUACUCGUGAUUCUAGUGAGAGUCCUUCAUUAGUUCCUGUUUUAAACACUCAUUAUGCCACUUGUAUAUCAGGUCCACAUCCUUCCGAGAACACAACCAAUGGUAAUUUUCAACUGGAAUAUAAUGGGGCGAAUAAAGAAGAAUAUUUGUAUCUGAGACGUCGGAGAAUUCGUCGUCUCCGACGGUCCGUCCCGUUAGUGCCUGUGUUCGUGAUUGGAAUUUUUGUCGACGAAAUUGACUUGCAUAUUUCUUUACCUUGUCCCAAAGGAUUCGCCUGUUCAUCUUCAAAUUCCAGCGUCAGAUCACGUUGUGUCAAACGUCACUUUCAACAUUCUGGACCGGGCAUAAAGUUCGAGUUUACUGAUAUUGCUUUUCAGACUACGAUUCGUGAUAUAUAUUUUAAUCUUGUUCAACUUGGAAUUCGUGGAUUCAAUUGUUAUCCUAUAGGAUGUAUGUGCUGCUGUGGUCAGUCGGAGUAUUCAGCCCAUUCAAAACAUGAUUCUUUUUACAGUUCCUCAUUAGAUAAGAACAACUCAUGUAUGACAGACAAUUUACAUUCUUCAUCGUCGAAUACUUGUGCUGUGUAUGAUGACUGUUUAGAUAAGGCUCGGCCAAAGUUCAUAUCACUUGGAUUUCAUACUAAUUUUAAAUCAUCUGCUUAUGAAUUAGGCUCUCAUUCAUGUGAAAUAUUUUAUUCUGCAGUCUUACUGCAAUCCAAUAGUCAGUCUAUUAUCAACCCUAAAACAACUCAUAAAUUCAGUUGUUCUCCAAUAUUAACUUUAAGCGAUUAUAAUAAAUAUUUAACAGAUGAAAAUGUUCGGGAAAAUUAUCCAGCUCUUUGGUUUGAUUCUGUUCGUUCCUUACAUGUAAAUGAGUCUCGUAUAACAGCUUCAGAUUUUUCAUCUGUUCAUCAAUUGGAUGGAGUAAAAAUGUUUAUUCAUAAUCGUUUUCUUAUUGGUUCAUAUUCAGUCGAUGUAUCUCCUAAUUUAAUACAUCGUUUAAAAGGUUUUAUAAUUGCCUAUAAAAAUUCCAUUCCGUAUCCAUCAUGUUCAAUUACACAAAAAGAUGAAAUGUUUACAAAGUCAUCAAGUAAUUUAUCGCUUACACGUUUCUCACAACAUAUAUCCACAUGUAAUACACGAUUCGAUGUUAGUAAUGGAAUUAUAUCCGUUCAUACUUCACAUAACUUUCAAAUGAAUCAGAUGCUACCCUAUUUACAACUCCAUAUAGAUCAUAUUUCUUGGUACAAUCGUUCACCCGUAUAUCCAUAUGAUCUUGUACAUAUAAUGAAUCGUCAGAAUAUCCCCUCUUAUCUAUUCAAACGUAGUUACGAAUUUAUUCAGUUAGAAUUGAAUAAUCCAUCUAAAUCUGUUGAUGAUUGGUUAGAUGAAUUACAAUUAGGUGUGCCGAACACACCAUGUAAAGAGUGGAAUAAACAAUUAAUUGCUUAUUGUUACAAUCGAACUAUAUUAAAAUUAACUGGAAUUUGUAUGAAUCUUAUUGUAAAUCAUCAAAUAAAUCAAUCUUCCGAUAAACACUUAUCCAAAAAUGCUCCUUUUAUCAAUAAUGAUACUGUUAAUGAUAAAUUAUCACUUUUGAAAUUUGCUAGUUUUGAAUGUAUAUUUUGGUCAUUGAAUUAUCCACACUUAUGGAAUUCACCUUCAAUUAGUCAUUCAGAGUACCGGGUGAGGUUGGACAAUGGUAUAGAAAUCAAUGUUUCUUUGCAAACCGUCGGUAUUUUAUCGUUUAUUCUAAGUGAUAUGUUUCAUCAACUGAAUCAUCUUAAAACUUACUGCGAAUCACAAGAUAAAAAUGUUUAUUGGCCUUCUGAAUAUCAGUAUUGUUCGCAAAGUGAAUCACAUUCAACUGAUAAAAAAUGUUGGAUAUGGACUACUAAACUAAAUGGUGUUUCCAAAUUUCGUAUAUGCUUUACUAAACUAGUUUCUGUUAUGCAAAUUAGUUUAGAAACCAAUGUACUUAUGUAUUUGAAUUGUUCUACUGAACAGCAGAAAAUUUGUCCAAUUAUGGAGAGAAUGGUUGACAAGAAGGAUAGUCAUGAAAAUAAAAUGAAGCCACUGUUCUGUUUAGCUGUACAAUUUCCAUAUUCACAUGAUGCGGCAUCCAAUACACCUAUCAAAUCUCAUGGAUAUUUGGCCAAUGUUGAUUGCUUAAUCACUGCGGAAUUAUUUGAAUGGUUCGCUUUGUUAAGUUUGCCAGAUAUUAAAAAUCAAGCACAAUAUGGUCACAAUUGUGAAUAUAUAAGCAGUUCAAAUCAGUCAACUACAAGAAUAGAAGUUUCAGAGUUCACGAAAAAAAACCGGUUAUUAUACGAUGGGUUGUCGUUAUCAGGCUCUGAUAUCAGCUCUAAAGGACUGAUAAAAGCAAAUAUUGUCCAUUCUUCAUUUUCAACUGAUUUUUCACCUACACAUUCGCUAGUUAUUGGUAAUAAAGCUCAGUGGAAAGAAGUUUGGAAACGUUUGAUAUACUGUAAAAACCUUUUGCAUAAUGCUUCAGUCCAGAUCCUUUUCAAACCAGCACGAAUAUUCAGUGUAAUUGGUGAAUGUCCACCAUCGUUUUCCGCAUUUAUAAAAGGUCGAAAAUUAGAAGAACUACUGAUGCUUAGUAAAAUGUCAUACCUACUCUUUGGCUUUCCUCAAUUAUACUUAUCAAAUUACUAUGAUUUAGAUAAAGCUGGUAGUGAUGAGUCCCGACACGAUCAAGUUGAUGAUAUUGUUCUCAGCAAUUGUUCAUGGUCAUGCGCAGUAUAUGAUCUACCAAUGUUCUUGCAAUCGGAAAAAAUUGGCACAGAGCAGUCCAUUUUUCACUGGAUGUUUUCGGCUACACAAAUGUAUUUAAUUGUGGAAAAUAGUUUGAUUUUUGCUGGUCGAUUUUCGAUAAAUUUAGAUUUUCAUCAUAGCCAAGAUUUCGAUCCUAAUAUACUAAAAGGAACAUUAUCAUCAACUAACGCGAUAUGUAGUGGCACUACCCCUUUUGUUAUAAAUCUAAAUACUGAUGUUAAAUGGGAUCGUGAACCCAAUUAUUUAUCUGGUAGAAAUUACAGAAUUCCAGACUUUCGAAUUUUGAAUCAGACUGUCAAAAUAAUUCAAUUUUGCUACAGUGGAUUUGAUGGUAUCAUUGUACCUAAGUUUUUGGAAUUCACAAUGUUUAUGCAUAAAAAUGCCACAAGGUCAUUAUCUGCAACCAUCACUAUCAACCCUACUAUGAAAUCUACUAAUCUUAGUGAUCAUGUUCAAAAUAAACCUAUUCACUUUUAUUCACCAAAUAGUAUUUGUAUUACUGAAGAAUCAUCUGUUAAUAUCCCGACGGCACUUUACAAAACGAGCUAUAAUCCAGAUGGCAUAAUUAAAUGUAAUCGUUCAACAACUAGUUUGUUUCAUUUACCAUGUAAUAUCAAAAGUUAUUCGAAUAGAUCAAAAAAUAUUGAUAUCGAAAAUUUAUCAAUCUGUCAAGAUCAAGAUAAUCCUUUUGAUAUUAUUCUACAGGUUCAGUGUAGUUUACCAUAUAGUAAUGGUGAAAUUAUGUUGACAUACUGUGAUCAUGAUGCUAUUUUGCAGUGGACAGUGGAAAGUACAAAAUUUAGUAUCAAUUUACAAAAGGAAUGUUGUUGUGUUGAUUUUCAUGUUCGUUAUUUCGAUGCAGUAAUUAAAAAAGCAGAAUCCAAAAUUCCAUUGUUAACAUUACUAGAAAAAGAUAUUCAACCUAUUCAACUACUUCGACCGUGUUUCAGUAAAGCACAUGAGGCUGAAGAUGAAUCACAAACUAUGUCACGUAAUCUUUCUACAGAUCAACAUUAUCAAUUUGAUAAAUCUUUAUGGUUUGAAGAGAACAACGUGCCUUUAAUACCUAUCAAUGCCCGAAAACGUUAUCGCAUGAAUUCAAAUACGAACCGAGUAGAAGAUAAAUCAAGCAUUGGCGAAAAUUUCAUCAGGAUAGUGUUUACAAGAACGUGUUCUAAGUCCAGUGCAACGUCGGAUUAUUUUUCUGUAUCUCAGUCGGAUUUAUCACUAAUCGAUGAUACUUCACAUAGUGCUAUCGUAUAUCCGGAAGAUCAUUUGCAUGUUGCUGUUCAACCAUUAGAUAUCGUUAUUAUUCCGGAUGUAAUCAGUGAAAUCAGUGAUUUUAUCAACAACGUCUUAAAGUAUGAAGGACAAUGUACUACUUCAUCAUUAUCAUCCUCAUCUUCAGUUUGUACUGACGAGAUAAAUAACAUAGUUCCUGUGAAACCUUCUCUAGCAGUACAUUCACUACCAAUUAUCAGUGUUGAAAUUGAUUCAUUUCGAUUGUUCUAUUUAUUAGGCGGGAUAUCUAAAGAUAAAAAUAUCGCAAAACAUCCAAAUGCUUUAAUGCUAUCUUGUGAUUUUAUCCAAGCAAAGCAAUUAGUGGAAAAUUACAUUGAUAGACCCUACUUUUCAAAUGAUUUCACUUUGAAUCAGUCAUUUCCAAUAAAACAAUCUAUUAUUGGAAAUGAUAGACAAUUUAUUGUAAUAGCUAACUGUAUAAAUAUUACAGCUGUACCAUUUGAUUGUAUGUGUCAUGAUAAACAAGUACUGGAUUAUAAUUCAUCUAAUUCUAAUGCUAUUGCUCAAAAUCCUGCUAAAGAUUGGAAUCGUACAGCUACUUAUAGCGAUGUAGAUGAUCCUCCUUAUGGUUGGUCUAUUGUACAUUCGUUCAGUGUUUCUGUUACAUUUGCACCGGCUGUUGUAAAAAAUAGUGAAAAUUGUGAUACAAAUAUUUACGGAGGAUAUUCCAUGGAGCUAUCUCUAAUGAAUAAUUUGUUAGUACUGGCCGACUGUGAACUGAUUAAACAUCUUAUCCAAUUAAUACCCCGUUCCUCGUUUUCAUCUUCUUGUGCAUCAAAUCGUAUUUCACAAUCAUCAUCACACCAAUCGCCAUGUGUAAAUCUAUUUGAACGAUUGUUUUUUCCAUCAAAUAAUUCUAAUUGCUUAUUGUGUACACCCAGUUGUCUAUUCAUAACUGCUCAUCAAAUUAUAUUUCUUAUGUGGACACCUAUUGAAAAUAAUCGUUCAUCAGAAUUUACUGUACAAAUUAAUCAGCCUCGUAUGAUUGUAAAUAUAGCUGGUGGAAAUUCAAAUAUUUACGAUAGUUUUGAGUUUUCAGUAAAUAGUUUUCAAAUGGAUUGUCGGCGAAAUGGACUGAAAUCCUCAUGUACGAUGUGUGAAUCGGUUGUCAUUAAUAAAUUUAUUCGAGGAAAGUGUAAUAGACAACCUGGUGUUUUUAUUCUUCCAUGUUUAAUGGACAAGAAACUUUUAUCUGAUAAUAAACCAAACACUUCACCAAUAUGUAGUUCAUCAAUAUUUUGGUAUUCAGGUUCCAAUAUGGGGCAUUCACGUACUGAUAUUAUGAAACCGUGUAUACUACUUACAUGUGUUCGACCUUCUCGAUUUGAUUUUUUAUCUACAGUCACAGAACCUUUGCCAUCUCAACAUAACCGUUUCAAAGUACAAGUUUCGACUGCACAAGAUCAUUUCUUCUGUGUUCGUCCAGAUACAAUUUCGUCUGUUUUGCAUUUUUGCAAAUUCUUCCAUCAGUUAUAUGAAGUGAAUCAUAAGAACGUUACUAAUGAAAUAAAUAAGUGCAAUAAUACUACUAUCAAUCACAAUAGUAUAAUGUCUUGUGGCGAAAGUAGUCAAUCCUCUAGUAUUUCUUAUGUAAACCAACCAUCAUCGCUAACCACUAUCGCUAGAAUUAUUCAUAUUUUACACUUUUAUUUCGAAAAAAUUAAUGUUGAAAUUAAUUGCAUUAAGAUUAAUUUACAGUUUAAUGAGAGUAUUGAGAAAAUAAUUAAUUCUUCUAGUAUGCUAGAAUUAACACUAAAACAAAUUUCAACAUUGAUUCACUUUAAUCUUAUUCAUUCAAAAUUAUUUACAACAACUCAUUGUUGGCAAAAAUUAUCGUCUUUGUCUUUAAUCUAUUAUCAUAAUAAUAAUAAUAAUAAUAAUAAUAAUAAUAAUAAUUUAUUCAAUGAUAAUAAUACAAGUAAUAUAGCUAAUCAUAAUUUUAUUCAUUAUUUAAUAUGGCCUAAUACAAGUUAUCAAUUUGGAUUAUCUAUUCAUAUUAAACAUUGUAUUCAUAAAUUCGAUAGAAAUUCUAAUUAUUUAUUUGAUAAAGUUUAUGGACAUUUACAAAUGGAUCCUGGUUUAUACAUCCAAUUACCUGUAUUUGGUUAUAUCAAUGAGUAUAUUAAAAUGAUUAUUAAUAAAAUAAUGUUUAUUAUAAAAUCAAUCGAAAUAUGUAAUGGAAAUUGUUGUUUAAAUGAUACAUCUACUAGUAUAUCUGUUGAAGAUACAAUUGAAUGUAAUAGUUUAUGUGUACAUUGUUCAAAUAAUGAUCCUAUAAUAUAUUUAGAUGAUUUACGUAAUCAAGAGAAUUUUAUUUUAUAUAAUUAUCCACCUGUAACAUCAUCAUCACCAUCUAAUCAAAUGAACAGCAUAGAACAUAAUAAACAUGCAUGUCAAUUUGAAUUAUUCUCUUCUCAUCCAUAUUGGCCAUGGAUAUUAAAUCAAAAUAAUUGGAAACAAACACCUUUAACAAAUCAUCCAUGGCCAUUACCAAAUGAAGUAAUAAUUUAUAAUGAUUUGUUAAACAAUAAAAUUAAUAUUGAAGAAAGGGAUGAUUUACAAAAACCACAAUGGUUAGGUAUUACAUGGAUGUAUAGUGAAUUACGUACACCGACUUAUUUAAAAGUACUUCCUGUACCUUUAGAAUUGAUUCCAUCAAAAUUGGAUGAUAAUUAUGCAUCAAAUGGAUUAGAACUUCAGUGUUAUUUACAAUACUGGGACCCAUUUUGCCAUUAUGGCGGAAAUUUCCUAACAUAUAGCAUGUUUUCUCUUAGCGACAGUCAAAUAAAUCAAUAUGUGUUAUCAAAAUAUAAUCAACAAGGUCCUUACGGACCCAUACCAUCCGGUCCUACUUCCCUUAAAGGAGAAAACAAUCAUGUCUUACAGUCACAUAGUCUAGUCACACGUUCAUCAUCUAAUUUAAGCUGUUCCUAUGGUGAUGGAUCGGUGCAUUCGUCAGAGCCACCAACUCAACCAGCAGCAGCUGUUUGGAGAAUUCUUGUUGAUUUACGAGUGCGUACUAGUUCAACUACUUCUAAUCCAUCAGUCAAUGAAAACUAUCCGAUUGCUUUGGCAUGCUUAACACCUAUGGUUUUAAUUGGUGCUGUUCAAAUUGAUACUAUACAUUACCCUAAUAAUUAUAUAAUGGGUCAUGAUUGUUUAUUUAGAUGUCAAAUAUCGAAUAUAACAAUCUCUUUAAUUGAACAUCAAACUUCAGAACAUCAAAAUGUUGGCGGUUUCGAAUUGAGUCGAUGUAAUCUAAAAGACUUAGGUUUUCUUUAUAAGUCAAAUUUAUCUUCUUUCAACAAUAUACACUAUCCUUUUGAUGAAAGUAUUCAAUUUGAAAUUGGUCAAUUUUCUUUAUUGACAGCUGAUAUAAAUUGGUCUAGAAUGCAACAAACUGUGAUUAAUAACAAUCUUAUUUGUUGUUUAUCUAAACAAAAACUUGAUAUUCUUUGCAAAUCAUUAAAUAUUUUCAUUAGUUCAGAUCGUUUAAUAAGUGUGAUUAUUUUAAAUAAAAGAAUACAACAAUAUAUUAGUGAAUUUGCAAAUAUUCUCUUUCAAACAGAUAAAUUAUUUCAUAAAAAUUAUCAAUCCUCUAUCAGUGAUUAUGCUACAUCAAACAAUAAUUCUACUUUAGGUUGGACAUUAAUAAAUUAUUCUAAUCAGUUUAUAGUUCUAGAUCAAUUACCUUUGGUGAAAUAUCUGCCUGCAAACAAAACAAACCAAUCUCCUGUAGAGGUUGAUAAUUCCUUCAAUGAAUUAUUUCAUAUAUUCGUUAAACCUAGACAGUCUGUAUAUUGGAGACCGAUUGUUUUUCCUGGACCAAUUACAUCUUCUGGGCAUGCAUUUCGUAUAAAGUUACGAAUUGGAAUUACUUCUAAUAAUGGAGAUAAUAAGGUAUUUCUGUGGUCUCAUCCAGUUGAGUUACCGUGGCCUCUUUCACUGCACAAACAGCAUAAUGAUAUUUUAUGUGCUUUAUCCUUAAAAUGGGAGGAAACUUCUCUGUGGACUACUGAAAUUAAUAAUGGUACUUUUCAAUUUCCUGAACUUUAUUUAAUUAUCUGUUCUACUGAACCCAGUGGAUUACCUGGAAAAAUCAUCUUACACUCUAAUGUCGUUGUACGCAACUUGUUGCCUGUAUGCUUAACUUGUUCACUAAGUACUUCAACCAGUAAUAGCCUGGAUAAAGAACGUUUAGUCUCAAGUGGGACGGUAAACAAGGAUUUAUCUAAAGCUUCAAAUCACCAUGAAACUGUCGAUACAAACUCACAAUUCGCACAACAAUUAUUUAAAAUACCAACUGGUCCAACCAUAGAAUUUAUUUCAACAUCUGCUAACAUUUCACCAGUUUAUAAAAGUACUCUUGGAUGUGAUUUAUGCAUAUAUUUUAAAGUAAAUAAUGAUUUCCAUUCUGAUAAUCAAAUACAAGAGAAUAAUACAUUGUGGUCAGAUCCGCUAAAUUUUAAAAUACCAUUACCUGAUCAGCUGAACUCACAGACAGAAACAAGUCAUAGGACUCUUAUUCAACUUACCUUAAAUAAUGAAAACAAUAAAUCGACCGGUUCCUCUAUAUUUUAUGCUGUCAUUACUGUUGAAUAUUAUACUACAAGUUUUAUUACUCCACCAAUUUGCAUAAUCACUGUAUCACCAUUAUUCGAGAUUUUGAAUUGUAUACCAAUUUCACUAAAAUUGGAGAGUAAAGCAAUUAGCCCUCAGCAAAUAAUCAAUACAAACUCAUCAUCACUUGAAAUUAUUUCACCUGCAUUAUUUAGUCAUGAAAACUGGUUGACAUGUCAACAUAAUAAAAAUAUACGAGAUUUGUCAAUUUCAUACCUUCAUGUAUUAGCUAAGCCUAUUCGAUUGGCUUAUCAUUAUAAUCUACUUUUAACAGGCACUCUACCAAAUGGUGAAUCAGUAUUCUCACACCCAAUACGUUUAACUGGUCAUGAAAUUUUGAAAAAGUUAGCUACUACUUAUAUAAAUUACAAUCAUUCAAUACUGAAACAUAAUAAUAAUAACAACAAUAAUUCAGAUGAAAUUUUCUUAACAAAAUCUACACAGUUAAAUAAUUCAUUACCGAUUAUAUCAACAUUAGGCAUUAUACCUAAAUUCUCAUUUGUCAAUUAUUCCAUAGAUGAUUACUUGGAUUAUUUACGUAAUGAUAAUGAAAGAAAAUUAAUUAACUCAAGUUUUUUACAGUACAGUCUGAGAAUUGUUUUACGUUCACAAUUAUUAUUAAUAAAUUGUACAGGAAUUGAUUUAUAUUUGAAAUUUUCAUCUUUGAGUAAUGAUUUCUCCUCGUAUACUGACAACAACUGUGCAAUACCCCUUCAAGAUAAUAAAUGUUUGGUCUUAUCGAAAACUCAACGUCAUUUUCAAUUAGGUGUUUUAUUUAAUAAUGAAAUAUUUUGGUCUGAAUCAAUAACCAUACAACAAUUAAAUUCAUCGAAUGAAUCAGUAGAGGAUAACCGAAAAAAGAAUAUUGAUAAAUACGUAGAUUUGUUCUUAUGGAGCAAUCAACCUAAAUGUUUAUCUUUUUCAAAUUCUUAUAGUACAAUAAGUAUUAAUAUUUUAAUUAAGAAUAAGAUGUUAUGUUUGACAGUUGAAUUGAAAUCAAGCAAUCAAAUGCAUAAUGAUAUUGAUGGUAAUGAUGAAGAUUGUGCUUUGACUAGAUCAAAUAAUUUCAUUAUUACAAUUAAACCAAGAUUUUUUAUUCGGCACUGGCCUACUGAUUAUAUUCCAGUAAGAUUUAAACCAAUUAUUAUCCCUUUACAACAUGUUAACAAUUCGGAAAUAAACAAUUCAUCUAUUGUUCCAAUAUCUGCAUUGAAGUUGAAUGAAGUUAUUGAAAUUUCAAAAGGAAAUAGCGAUAAUAUCCCUAUUUUAUGGUGGAAUUUAAGUCAUACUAUAGACCAAUCAUUGUUCAAUACAGAAUUGUUGUAUUGUAUGCAAAUUACACUUGCUUCAGUUGUUCAAUCACAAUGGUCAGAAGUAUUUCCACUUCACAGAGUACCAAAUAUUUCUCAUAAUAUAAUUCAUCGAAAUUCAUUCUCUUCUAUGCCAAUAUUUCUUAGUCAGGUGUCGAUUCCAAUAGUUUCGGAAAAUUCAGCUUUCAAUGUAUACCCCAGUCUACUUAUAACUACAAUAGAACACAAAUCUACAGGUCAAAUAAUCAUACAAGUAGAUAAGGAUUCAAUUUUACAAAAUUUAAAUCCAUUUUCAAUACAUAUUUACAGUUGUACUAAUUCAUCUGUAUACUCUGUUGAACUAUUAGAUCAAUUAUUAUCGUCAUCAGCUGAACAUUUAUCCACGACAAAAUUAUUCAAUGAUUCAAUGAGGAAUAUCUUGAAAAAUACAUUUUCGAAUUGGUAUCCUCAUAAAAUUUAUGCCAAUUCACAACUAUCAAUUAUACCACAAUGUUUAUUAGAAUUAUUAUACAUGGAUAAAGUUAAUCGUGGUCGUAACAUUAAUAAUAAUAAUGCAGCAGGGAUAUGUUUAAAUUUUUUACAUCCAUCUCAAUUUACUAUGCUUGAAUUAAAUCUGAAUCUACAGCAGAAUGAUGAUAGUGUUAAUUAUGUAAAAUAUCCUAUUCAUAUAAAUCUUAAAGAAUUAUGUUCUUCUAUUUAUAAAACAAAAGGUUUAUGGGAAAAAGAAAAAUUAAUCAAUGAUCAUUUAAUGAUUAAAUUAUACUUUUCAACUAAUGAAAAUUCAUUUGGUUUAAUUAUACAGUUAAUUGAUAAUAAUAAUAAUAAUAAUAAUAAUAAUAAUAAUAAUAAUAGCUUUUAUCGAAAAGCUAUUGACCAAUUUCUAUCACCAACAGUAUCUUUGAUAAAUUCAUUAAAGUAUUUAAAUAAAAUUCAUUUAACUAUCAAUCAAUUUUGUAUACAUUUGAUAACAACAGAAAAUCGAAAAAUCAAUCAAAAAAAUAAAUCAAUAUCUAAUAAUUUAAUAUCAAAAUAUAAAUUUGAUGAAUUGUUACCACCACGAGAUGAAUUUCUACGUUUAACAAUUAUCGAUUUAAGUUUUAUACUUAGAAAUAAUUCAACAUUGAUCAAUAACAAUAAUAAUAAUAUUCGAC